UUUUGUGAAAAUAUAUUAAAAGCUUUCUCUUUCCAUUUCUUCCACUCUCCCUUUGACUAACAUCUGCCGCAACCUCUCUCUCUCUCUCGCUAAAGAAACCCUAGCUCCACUUCCGCCUUCCUCCGCCAGGCGAUCCUGCCAAAACCCCACUUCCUCACAGCGAUUUAUUUUUUGCAGAAGCGUUUUCUUUUUCUUUCUGCCGCCGCCAUCCUCCACUGCCUUGUGCUUCGCCCCUGUUUCGCAUCCACUCUCCUCCACUGCUUUGUGGGAGUCCGUAACUAAGGCAUUCAUUUCAGUGAAUUGGCAGGUUGCUUGUAAUCAAAUCAUUAAUGGGAACUGAAGAGUCAAAGGACCCAUUGAAAGGGGUUGACUGGAAAGCAAUCGGUAGUGAGUUGCAGAAGGACCCCAGUGCUGGUGCUAAACCAGUUAUAAAGAAGCGGCUUCCUAAGAAGAUUAGACAAAUUCCAGAUUGUUAUUUUCUUCCUCGAAUGUCCCUACCUUCUGCUAUUGCCUUCUAUGGAGCAUGUAUUGCUGGUGGUAUUGGUGCUGGGAUGUUGCUGGAGGUCUGGAUAAACAAGAAAAUUAAAGAGGAUGGAGGCGUCAUAUGGGAGUUUGACAAAUAGGGAUUGAUAUUAUUACUAGAGUUUCCAAUCACUCCCUUGCUGCGAGAGUUUCAACAUGGGAGUCAUGUCAGAAUUUUGCUGUGUUAAUGUUUGAUAACAUAAUGCUCUUCUCUUUGCUUUGGCUUUAACUAAUUUGGCCAUGUAAAUUACGAUUUGUUGAGAUAACUCUUGACUAGUUGAUUUCUUUUGGUACAUAUGGCAAAAUGAAUAUCAACCAUCGAAUUGAUCUCUCUCCCUCUGAAUUUAUAGCUUCUUUUGUGCU